CAUUUGGAACGUGCAAGCCUGUUGUUUAAACUUCGUGUCUUCGUCUUUUUCCGUGCAUCUCCGUAAAGCGAGUUGUUGCGCGUCCGUCUGAGUGGGGGGCAGGGGGGCUCCGAGCGAUGAUUGACAAUAAUGGCGACUCGUCGAUUCUGAGUUGACUCUAGGGGGUGAGAACCAUCUCUGGCCGACAAAAGGGAGCAUCAGGUGAAUGUUCCACGUCGCACACGAUAGAAAAACACCCUAAACGAGGACAUUCGCCCCAGCGGCUAAGACUGGGCUUCGGCAAAUAGGGGUUUGUCUUGCUAGCUUCUAGUUAGCUCGCUACCUUGCUAAGUUGAAGGGGUUAGCAUUGUUAAGUGUACGGCUCCGGGAAGAGGCGCAGUCAGCUUGCACAAACCUGGCUGAGCAAACAAUGUCGCUACUUCACAAGCUUUUCGUCUCAAUAUGUGAAUGAAGCGUGUGCUUGUCAAAGAAGACCCGUCCUCCGUCUGGCAGUGUGGCUAGAGGGCUAGCUUCGCUGGCUGGUGUUUCGACUCUGUUCGGACUUGCUCGGGCUUUGCAUUCGGAACCUGCUCGCUGCUAGCCUGCUAGCUAGCUCACUUGGGCUAGCUUGCUAAGAUUAAUUAAAACAUUUGCAGGAGCAUAGCGAUCUUUUGUCUUCUUCGUCAAUGACCACCGGCAGGAACAACCGAGCCAUGAUGGAAGGAGUGGGAGCCAGAGUGGUCCGCGGACCCGACUGGAAGUGGGGCAAGCAGGACGGCGGAGAGGGACAUGUUGGCACCGUCAGGAGUUUUGAAAGUCCCGAGGAGGUGGUGGUUGUCUGGGAUAAUGGAACGGCUGCAAACUACCGCUGCUCUGGAGCUUACGACGUGAGGAUAUUAGACAGUGCUCCGACAGGCAUCAAACAUGAUGGAACAAUGUGUGACACCUGCCGUCAACAGCCUAUCAUCGGCAUUCGCUGGAAAUGUGCAGAGUGCACCAAUUACGACCUCUGCACAACCUGUUACCAUGGAGACAAACAUCACCUGAGACACCGCUUCUACAGGAUCACCACCCCGGGCAGCGAGAGAGUGCUUCUGGAGUCAAGGCGCAAGUCAAAGAAAAUCACCGCCAGAGGGAUCUUCACUGGUGGCCGGGUGGUGCGAGGCGUGGACUGGCAGUGGGAAGACCAGGAUGGAGGCAACGGAAGGAGAGGAAAGGUGACCGAGAUACAGGACUGGAGUGCAGCCAGCCCCCACAGCGCCGCCUACGUUCUCUGGGACAAUGGGGCCAAGAACCUGUACCGGGUUGGCUUUGAAGGAAUGUCGGAUCUGAAAUGCGUUCAGGAUGCUAAAGGAGGGUCCUUUUACAGAGACCACUGUCCUGUGUUAGGUGAGCAGAAUGGCAACAGAAACCCCGGUGGUCUUCAGAUUGGAGACCUGGUCAAUAUUGAUUUGGACCUCGAAAUCGUCCAGUCUCUCCAGCACGGCCACGGGGGAUGGACUGACGGCAUGUUCGAGACUCUUACCACCACGGGCACAGUGUGUGGCAUAGAUGAAGAUCACGACAUUGUGGUUCAGUAUCCUAGUGGGAACAGGUGGACCUUCAACCCCGCCGUGCUGACCAAAGCCAACGUGGUGCGCAGUGGUGAAGUGGCUGCUGGGGCGGAGGGAGGCAGUUCUCAGUUUCUGGUGGGCGACCUCGUUCAGAUUUGUUAUGACAUUGACCGCAUCAAGCUGCUACAAAGAGGCCACGGAGAGUGGGCAGAGGCUAUGCUGCCAACUCUUGGGAAGGUGGGCCGCGUGCAGCAGAUUUAUUCUGACAGUGACCUGAAGGUUGAGGUUUGCGGGACAUCGUGGACGUACAAUCCCGCCGCCGUCACCAAGAUUGCUCCCUCUGGGUCCGCUGUUAGCAACGCUUCGGGAGAACGUCUUUCUCAGUUGCUGAAGAAGCUGUUUGAGACACAGGAGUCCGGUGACAUCAACGAGGAACUCGUCAAGGCUGCAGCCAACGGAGAUCUGGCCAAGGUGGAGGACAUUUUAAAGAGACCUGAUGUUGACGUGAACGGGCAGUGUGCUGGACACACGGCUAUGCAGGCGGCUAGUCAGAACGGCCACGUGGACGUCCUGAAACUGCUGCUCAAGCACAAUGUUGAUCUGGAGGCCGAGGACAAAGAUGGUGAUCGGGCCGUGCAUCACGCAGCCUUCGGAGAUGAGGGCUCUGUCAUUGAGGUACUGCAACGUGGCGGCGCUGACCUCAACGCCAGGAACAAGCGCAGGCAGACUCCGUUACACAUAGCUGUCAACAAGGGCCACUUGCAGGUGGUGAAAACCCUGCUGGACUUUGGCUGUCACCCCAGCCUCCAGGAUUCAGAGGGGGACACACCCCUGCACGACGCCAUCAGCAAGAAGAGGGAUGACAUGCUGUCAGUGCUGCUGGAGGCGGGCGCCGAUGUCACCAUCACCAACAAUAACGGCUUCAACGCCUUGCACCACGCGGCUUUGCGAGGAAACCCCAGUGCAAUGCGUGUGUUACUCUCCAAACUGCCGAGGCCUUGGAUUGUAGAUGAGAAAAAGGACGACGGCUACACCGCACUGCACCUGGCUGCCCUUAACAACCAUGUGGAGGUUGCGGAGCUGUUAGUCCAUCAGGGCAAUGCCAGCUUAGACAUCCAGAACGUCAACCAGCAGACAGCCUUACACCUGGCAGUGGAGCGUCAGCACACUCAGAUUGUCAGACUGCUGGUCCGAGCCGAAGCUAAGCUUGAAGUGCAGGACAAGGACGGGGACACGCCGCUUCACGAGGCGCUGCGACACCACACACUUUCCCAGUUGCGGCAGCUCCAGGACAUGCAGGAUGUCACCAAAGUGGAGCCCUGGGAGCCCUCAAAGAACACGUUAAUCAUGGGCUUAGGCACCCAGGGGGCGGAGAAGAAGAGCGCAGCAUCCAUCGCUUGCUUCCUGGCCGCCAACGGAGCCGACUUGACCAUUCGAAACAAGAAGGGCCAGUCCCCUCUGGAUCUGUGUCCUGACCCCAGCCUCUGCAAGGCGCUGGCCAAAUGCCACAAAGAGAAGAGCAGCGGCCCGGUGGGCACACGCAGCCCAUCUCUGAACAGCAACAUGGAGUCGUUGGAGGAGUGUAUGGUGUGCUCCGACUUGAAGAGAGACACUCUCUUCGGGCCAUGUGGCCAUAUCGCCACAUGCUCCCUAUGCUCUCCACGUGUCAAGAAGUGUCUUAUCUGCAAAGAUCAGGUCCAAUCACGGACCAAGAUCGAGGAGUGUGUCGUGUGCUCCGACAAAAAGGCGGCCGUGUUGUUCCAGCCCUGCGGCCACAUGUGCGCUUGUGAGAACUGUGCCAGCCUCAUGAAGAAGUGCGUACAGUGCCGGGCUGUGGUGGAACGCCGCACCCCCUUCGUGCUUUGUUGCGGAGGGAAAGGUAUGGAGGAUGAUGCCGCUGAUGAUGAUGAUGAUGAUGAUGAUGAUGAUGAUGACCUUACAGGGAGCUCUAACUCUAUGGCAGGGGGAUCGCAGGAUCUUCUCCAGCCCAACAAUCUGGCACUAAGUUGGUCUAGCAACAACAUCCCGGCCCUGCAGAGAGACAAAGACAACACCAACGUCAAUGCAGAUGUCCAGAAGCUCCAGCAGCAGCUGCAGGACAUCAAGGAACAGACCAUGUGUCCAGUGUGCCUGGAUCGGCUCAAGAACAUGAUCUUUAUGUGCGGUCACGGCACCUGCCAGCUGUGCGGCGACCGAAUGAGCGAGUGUCCCAUCUGCCGCAAGGCAAUCGAGCGCCGCAUCCUUCUCUAUUAGACUUGUGUCACCUCAUCUUUUUUGCGACAUAACACCAACCUCUUGUCGGCCACCAAAGCGCAUCCCUUAAUGUCUUACUCUGUUACACAACAUGGAGAAACAUGGACUUUUUAUCAAAAUGCUUCAUGGACGUCCCCUCGUCUUUUUUUCUUAUUUUGCACCAUCAUCCUUCUUGUGAUGUUUGGAAGCUCUCUGUUGUAGGAGCUUCUCGACAGAUUAACUUAAAGGGCACAUCUCUUGAAUCUCACUCAGAACUGACCGAGCAAGAGGAUACGAAAAGGAGGAGGUUGAUUGCUCCGUCUUUGUUGUAUCUUGGGUCUACUUUUAUUAUUGAUUAUUCAUCCUUAAUACAAGUGUCGGAAGCAUCCAAGUGUGGAUUGUUUUAAAGUGGUUUUCAUAACAGUAUGGCAACUUUAAAGGUUCCCUGUGAGUGUUUUUUUAGAGCGUAAUGUCCUGAUUCGCUCAAGACGUCAGCACAACUGUAUCGGAGGAAGAGAAGCUGGCUGAACAGCAACACAGCAGGUCCACUCCAGACAGGUAGCACAUCACAGUCGUACCAGCGCCGCCAAACUAGCAUCCAAACACACACGUUUUCAGUCUUUGUUGCACACAUUUAUACUUUUCAGAUUUCAAUCGGUAUUGUCCAGCAUUAUUGUACAAUAGUCUGUUGCUGCUGUGCCGUUUGCUUCCAAAAAUCUUGCCCGGGGGAAGGGGGGAGAAAAGGUGCUCUUUGUCUUGUAUUUUUUUGUUAAUUUAAGUGUAUUACCGCUCAAAAAUCAGCAAUUAUUAACAUAAAGAGUACAAUCUAUCAACGCUUAGAUUGGGACUGUAGAUAAAUGAUUUUGCAUUGCUCCCCACCCAAAAAAAGGAUUUGUAGGUGUGACUGCCUUCCUAACAUGUAGCCUCAAAGUCAGCUUUGAUAUUGAUCUGGACACACAGUUUUUCUGUUUUGUUUUGGGUUUGUUUUUUUUUUUUUUUGCUAAA